AAUUUAUUUAUCUUAUUUGAACUUUAACAUGUAAUGAAGAUAAAACUGUUUGUAACAGUGUUUGGAUAUAUUUGGUGCAUGAACAUUUCUCAGAAGAAACUAAAAUAUUUCUAAUUAGACUUUCUGUUGCUCAGAUUAGCAGACAGUGGAAUUAGACAAAAGGCAUAUUGCAAGUUACACAGUUGUUAGAAGAAUUUUAGUUUCCACAGGUUCUAGUUGUUUUAUUGUCUGUUCUUUACACUUAUUUACUUGGUCAAUAUUAUAAUUUACUGGAGAAAAUAUUUUCAAAUUUGAUUUGUGUAUGCUUACGUAUUAUAUUGGUGUUGUUGGAUAUUACUUUUUAUAUGUCAGUUAUAGAAAAAAAUGCAUAUAAGUUAAGAUGUACUUAAAAACAUAAUGCCCCAACAAAACUGUACUUUCUCUUUGGUAGGGUCUUAGUAAAACAUCUAUCUUAUAGUUCUUUUUCAAUGUUUAAGUCAAUUUUUCAAUUUUAAUAAUUGUAAAAUGACUAGAAGGGAAUUAUUGAAUCUAUUUAAAGCUCUGUGUUGUUCUGCUUCAUUAUUAUCACUGACUUUCCUCGACAGGUUCUAUUGUGAAGAUGGAUUACAGAUCCAUCAAUGCAACGUCUUUCAUUCCAAACUAUACUGACAGCAAUAACAGCUUUAACCACAAUAACUCUUCCAACAAUACAUUCCAAAAUAGUACCAGCUCUCCAAAUUCAUUUGAAGAAUCAUUCUGCUGGCGUUAUUAUGGAACGAUGAAACUGUUUACCAUAACAUUCAUCUCCAUCUGGGGUCUUUUAUCACUGCUGGCCAUCUACUGUCUCUACUCUCAGAUCCGAAGUGAUCAUGUCGUUCCUGUUUUCAUCAUCAACCUUCUAAUUUCAGACAUCAUUCAGAUUUGCUGUAUGAUUGUUCAAGUGGCAAAUGUAAAGGGCUAUUUCAUAAAUUAUUUUGUCAUUUAUUAUCUCUACAACUGUGGUGUGAUGGCCAGUGUUUUCUUCAUGACCUCCAUUGCCAUGGAAAGGUACCUGCUGAUUGCUUGGCCUUUUUGGUACAGAUUCCAGCGAAAACUCAAGGUUUCUGCAUCAGUCAGUGUUGUGAGCUGGAUCCUUUCUGUUUUUAUUGGUUUAAAUGAUGGAAAUUGGCUGGGAUCCCUUCUGGUCCUUCCCAUCCCCCUGUUAAUAUUCUUCCUUGUGCGCAGUAUCAAAGCUCUGUCUACAGCCCAGAAUGUCCCACCUGAUGAAAGACGACAAAUUAUAGUUGUUUUAACUGUGGUGUUGUUUGUUUACGUACUGACAUUCUUACCACAAAUUAUUAUGGAGUUUAUGUUGUGGGGAGGGUGGUGGUGGUGGGAUUUCAACUAUACCACAUUUGUAAACUUGAUCAGUGUGUCCUGUACUUUAAUCCAGCUAAAUCCUGUGGCAGACUUGCUUCUAUACCUUAUUAUAAAGAAGUGGCUCUUUGACAAACUGCUGGCCUUCCUGUGUUGUUGCAGAAAGAUUAACAAUAGGAACCAGCAGACCAACAGCAUUACAGCAACAACAUGUAGCUGGUCGGCUUCUCAGGGGCAGAAAGAAGCAGAGAAUAAUUCCUGAAAGGUAAAAUUAAGACUAAAGACAAACACAUCAAAUUCUGUACAUAAGCAAUAAUGCAUCUAAUAUUUUAAAAAAGCAGCCUGCAUAUAAAAACUGUUUUUAUGACCAAAUCAACUGUUAAUCUUUAGAAAGAUGUAAAUAGUUUAUUAGUCAAAACAUGUCUAAAAUUUGCCUAAAAUGCUUUUACUUUUAUAAAAAACAACUGUUUUUUAGGAAAACUACAAAUGUUAAAAAACUAUUAACAUAUUUUUUAACUUGACCGUGACACUGGGUCUCUAUUUAGAAAUCAUUUAUCUAAGCCUUUUAUUUUUUAGAAAAUAUAUUUUUGUGUUUCUUCUGUAGAGUUUUUACUGUGAUGGAAGUAACUGGUACAAUUAUACACACAACAGCUCUGAGAACAUAAAAACAUGCAUAAAUAUGAAAUUGUAAAAAAGAAAAAUGCAAAAUAACCUACAGAUUUCAUACAAUUUAAACAGUUUUUUAACCUCACCAUGCAACACAGUAUGGAUGACUGCAUAACUGGUUGAUUUUAACGUUUGUGAAACUGUAUUUCACACAGAAAAUAAAAAAUAAAUAAAUAAAUAAA